AGCUGACAUCUGGUGAAUCUGUUACUGUUUGAUAGACAACAGUAAGACAGAACAAAGGAAGGUGUGUGUGUGCUGUUGGGCGGGAAUGGUGGGCGUGUAGCAGCAUUUAUGAAUAAAAGCCAUGUGCGAGAUCUUGGAGAGCCACAGGAAGCAGCUUUACGCAGAGCAACCCUCGUAGUUUUCGAUAAUAAUACAUUGUCUGCCAAAAGAGAAUAUGUUGAUGCUGAAGACUUUCGCUCCCUGGUUGCUGUUGGCCUUCCUCGGGCAGCAGGUCUCUCUGUCCUGUGGUGCGCGCAAUAAGAACCGAGGAGCGGAACAGACCGGGACCCCAGCCCCCGUCAGAGGGCAGAGGAGCGGGAACAAGCCCGUAGCGAGAGGCCGGGGAAAGUUCUCCAUCAAGGACAAGAUGCAGUGCACGUGGCGGGCGAAAGACGUCAGGGACACCGUCAGGCUGUCUGUGAUAUGCGAGGACCGGGAGGCGCGCGUCAAAGGCGGAGUCACCGAUCUGAGGUGCGAAUACAACGCCAAACCGCAGAGCUGCCCGGGCUACCAGUCCAACACCAAGGGCUUCUGGAAACAGGUGGCCAGAGCGUUCAGAAGGCUGCAAGACAACGUGUGUAGUGACGACCACGCGCUGGUAAGGAUUGGCAUGUGCAAGCGCGCGCCUCGGAACGCUCACUUAAAGCUAGACUCCAGCUCCAUCGUCUCCGCUCAGUCCGGAGAACCGGAGACUACCAAGCCGCUGCCGCCUCACUCCAUCUCCACCGCUGCGCCUCCGGCCGGACCGACAGCCUGCACAAGGCGCGCGAACCACCGGGAAACAGCCGAGGAGAACUGCAGCGGCUCGUGGGCCAGUGUGUGCAACUUCUUCCUGUCCAUGCUGCAAAGUGACGACUGUUAGCUUCAGAUCACAAGAGGAUGUGGACAUGAUCGGACUGAGCGCAGCAGGAUUUAUUUUAGGACUCGUUGUGUUAAUCAGCGGUUCAUUUUGAAUCAUCGAGAGUCGAGUCGAGCACAGUGUCAUUUCUACAGAAAUGAACUGAUUUUCUGUUCGCACAAACACCAAUAUGACAUGUUCACAAACUCAUGCAGAUGUGGAUAUUAUCAGGUAUUUUUCAAGUAAUUUAUCACCUGCAGUGGAAAGUAUACAUGUUCUAUACUUUGUACUUUAAUUACAAUGUUGAGGAACUUUCACUUCUGUUCAUCUUUUUUGCUUAAGUCAAAUAAAUACAAGAUCAAUUCAUCAUGCAGUUGUUACUUUUUAGAUUUUUAAUGGCCCUUUAAAACUUUGUAAAAUAUAAUUUUAUUGUGACAGAUUAAAAUCAAUUCACCAAUUACGCCAUUAAAAAAAAAAUGCUCCAACAACACUGCUAAUAAUAAUGAUUACAUUUUUUAAUAAUGGGGUGACCGUGGCUCACUGGGUUAAGAGGGUUGUCUGGAAACCACAAGGUCAAAGAUUCGAUCCUUGACUGGGAUGUGUGGAAGUGUACCUGAGCAAUACACUGAAC